GCUGGAGCCCCCAAACCCCAACAACGCUUCCGCCGCCAUGGCUCAGAUCCUGCCGAUCCGCUUCCAGGAGCAUCUCCAGCUCCAGAACCUGGGUGUUAACCCAGCCAACAUUGGCUUCAGUACUCUGACCAUGGAAUCUGACAAAUUCAUCUGCAUACGAGAGAAAGUUGGAGAGCAGGCUCAGGUGGUCAUCAUCGAUAUGAACGACCCUAGCAAUCCGAUCCGCCGGCCAAUUUCGGCUGAUAGUGCCAUCAUGAAUCCUGCUAGCAAGGUUAUUGCCCUCAAAGCUGGGAAGACCCUUCAGAUUUUUAAUAUCGAGAUGAAGAGCAAAAUGAAGGCUCAUACCAUGACGGAUGAUGUCACCUUCUGGAAGUGGAUUUCCCUGAACACUGUUGCACUGGUCACUGACAAUGCUGUGUACCACUGGAGCAUGGAAGGAGAGUCUCAGCCAGUCAAAAUGUUUGAUCGUCAUUCCAGUCUCGCGGGUUGCCAGAUUAUCAAUUACCGUACUGAUGCAAAGCAGAAGUGGCUGCUUUUGACUGGUAUAUCUGCACAGCAAAACCGCGUAGUUGGAGCCAUGCAGCUUUAUUCUGUAGAUAGGAAAGUCUCUCAACCCAUCGAAGGCCAUGCCGCCAGUUUUGCACAAUUCAAGAUGGAAGGCAAUGCAGAAGAAUCCACCCUUUUCUGUUUCGCAGUGAGAGGGCAAGCUGGAGGCAAGUUGCAUAUUAUUGAGGUUGGGGCACCUCCCACUGGAAACCAGCCCUUUCCUAAGAAAGCCGUGGAUGUCUUCUUUCCACCUGAAGCCCAGAACGACUUCCCAGUAGCAAUGCAGAUUAGUGAGAAGCAUGAUGUAGUCUUCCUGAUCACGAAAUACGGUUACAUCCAUCUGUAUGACCUUGAAACAGGCACCUGCAUCUACAUGAACAGAAUCAGUGGAGAAACCAUCUUUGUCACCGCACCACAUGAAGCCACUGCUGGAAUCAUUGGGGUCAACAGGAAAGGACAGGUGCUUUCGGUGUGUGUUGAGGAAGAGAACAUCAUUCCUUACAUCACCAACGUGCUGCAGAAUCCCGACCUGGCGCUGCGAAUGGCUGUCCGUAACAAUCUUGCUGGCGCUGAAGAGCUCUUUGCCCGGAAAUUCAAUGCCCUUUUUGCCCAGGGGAGCUACUCAGAAGCGGCCAAAGUAGCAGCAAAUGCCCCGAAGGGAAUAUUGCGCACUCCAGACACUAUCCGCAGGUUCCAGAGUGUCCCAGCACAGCCAGGUCAGACUUCCCCCCUGCUUCAGUAUUUUGGAAUUCUGCUAGACCAAGGCCAGCUGAACAAAUACGAAUCCUUGGAACUCUGUCGGCCUGUCCUUCAGCAAGGACGCAAACAGCUCCUUGAGAAAUGGUUAAAAGAAGAUAAAUUGGAAUGCUCUGAAGAAUUGGGAGACCUUGUGAAGUCUGUGGACCCAACAUUGGCCCUGAGUGUCUACCUACGGGCUAACGUUCCCAAUAAAGUCAUUCAGUGUUUUGCUGAAACGGGACAAGUUCAGAAGAUUGUGUUGUAUGCAAAGAAGGUUGGCUACACUCCAGACUGGAUCUUUCUCCUGAGAAAUGUAAUGCGGAUCAGCCCGGACCAAGGACAGCAGUUUGCCCAGAUGUUGGUGCAGGAUGAAGAACCUCUGGCAGAUAUUACCCAAAUAGUAGAUGUGUUUAUGGAAUACAACCUGAUCCAGCAGUGUACAGCUUUUCUCUUGGAUGCCCUGAAAAACAAUCGCCCAUCUGAAGGGCCUUUGCAGACUCGCUUGCUCGAAAUGAAUCUCAUGCAUGCACCUCAGGUUGCUGAUGCCAUCUUGGGGAAUCAAAUGUUCACCCACUAUGACCGAGCCCACAUUGCUCAACUGUGCGAGAAAGCUGGUCUCCUCCAAAGGGCCCUGGAACACUUCACUGACUUGUACGACAUCAAGCGAGCCGUAGUUCACACUCAUCUUCUCAACCCUGAGUGGCUGGUGAACUACUUUGGCUCCCUUUCCGUCGAAGAUUCCCUGGAAUGCUUACGUGCAAUGCUUUCAGCAAACAUCCGCCAGAACUUGCAGAUAUGUGUCCAGGUUGCUUCCAAGUACCACGAGCAGCUUUCCACCCAGUCGCUCAUUGAACUCUUCGAGUCUUUCAAGAGUUUUGAAGGUCUCUUCUAUUUCCUGGGCUCUAUUGUCAACUUCAGCCAAGACCCAGACGUGCACUUCAAAUAUAUCCAAGCUGCUUGUAAGACGGGCCAAAUUAAAGAGGUGGAAAGAAUUUGCAGAGAGAGCAACUGCUAUGACCCAGAGCGUGUGAAGAACUUCCUCAAGGAAGCGAAACUGACAGACCAGCUCCCACUGAUCAUUGUUUGUGACCGCUUUGACUUUGUCCAUGACCUGGUGCUGUAUCUGUAUAGGAACAAUCUCCAAAAAUAUAUUGAGAUCUACGUGCAAAAGGUGAACCCAAGCCGUCUGCCAGUGGUCAUUGGCGGCUUGUUGGACGUGGACUGCUCUGAAGACGUCAUAAAGAACUUGAUCUUGGUGGUGAGAGGUCAGUUCUCCACUGAUGAACUUGUCGCUGAAGUGGAAAAAAGGAACAGGUUGAAACUCCUCUUGCCGUGGCUGGAAGCCAGAAUUCAUGAGGGUUGUGAAGAACCAGCUACACACAACGCACUGGCUAAAAUUUACAUUGAUAGUAACAAUAACCCUGAAAGGUUUUUGCGAGAGAACCCCUAUUAUGACAGCCGUGUGGUGGGGAAGUACUGUGAGAAGAGAGAUCCGCAUCUGGCUUGUGUGGCUUAUGAGCGAGGGCAGUGUGACCAGGAGCUUAUCAAUGUAUGCAAUGAGAAUUCACUCUUCAAGAGCCUGUCCCGUUACCUGGUGCGCCGUAAGGAUCCAGAACUGUGGGCCAGCGUGCUGUUAGAAAGCAACCCUUACCGGCGGCCCCUCAUUGACCAGGUUGUGCAGACAGCUCUCUCUGAGACUCAGGAUCCUGAAGAGGUCUCUGUUACCGUCAAGGCUUUCAUGACUGCCGACCUCCCUAAUGAACUCAUUGAGCUGUUGGAGAAAAUUGUCCUUGAUAAUUCUGUGUUCAGUGAACACAGGAAUCUUCAGAACCUCCUCAUUCUGACAGCAAUCAAGGCUGAUCGCACCCGGGUCAUGGAAUACAUCAAUCGCCUGGACAACUAUGACGCCCCUGACAUUGCCAACAUUGCCAUCAGCAACGAACUCUUUGAAGAAGCCUUUGCCAUCUUCCGGAAAUUUGAUGUUAACACGUCUGCUGUCCAGGUUUUGAUUGAGCAUAUUGGGAACCUGGACCGGGCCUAUGAGUUUGCUGAACGUUGCAAUGAGCCUGCAGUGUGGAGCCAGCUUGCCAAAGCCCAGCUUCACAAAGGGAUGGUGAAAGAAGCCAUUGACUCCUACAUCAAAGCAGAUGAUCCAUCUUCCUACAUGGAAGUUGUCCAGGCUGCCAAUGCAAGCGGCAACUGGGAAGAGCUGGUGAAGUACUUGCAGAUGGCCCGCAGAAAGGCCCGGGAAUCCUACGUGGAGACGGAGCUCAUUUUUGCUCUCGCUAAAACAAACCGCCUGGCCGAACUGGAAGAAUUCAUCAACGGGCCCAACAAUGCCCAUAUUCAGCAAGUUGGUGAUCGUUGCUAUGAAGAGAAGAUGUAUGAUGCAGCCAAACUGCUCUACAACAACGUCUCCAACUUUGGCCGUUUGGCGUCCACAUUGGUUCAUUUGGGUGAAUACCAGGCAGCGGUUGAUGGGGCCCGAAAGGCAAACAGCACACGAACUUGGAAGGAGGUUUGCUUUGCCUGCGUCGAUGGGAAGGAAUUCCGCUUGGCCCAGAUGUGUGGUUUGCACAUCGUUGUGCAUGCAGAUGAACUGGAGGAACUCAUCAACUACUACCAGGACCGUGGCUACUUUGAGGAGUUGAUAACCAUGUUGGAAGCAGCUCUGGGGCUGGAACGGGCCCACAUGGGGAUGUUCACCGAACUGGCCAUUCUCUACUCCAAAUUCAAGCCACAGAAGAUGAGGGAGCACUUGGAGCUGUUUUGGUCACGGGUCAACAUUCCCAAGGUGCUGAGGGCUGCUGAACAAGCCCACCUGUGGGGAGAGUUGGUUUUCCUGUAUGAUAAAUAUGAAGAAUACGAUAAUGCUAUUAUUACAAUGAUGAACCAUCCCACAGAUGCCUGGAAGGAAGGGCAGUUCAAAGACAUCAUCACUAAGGUGGCGAAUGUGGAGCUUUACUACAAAGCAAUUCAGUUUUAUCUAGAAUUUAAACCUCUGCUGCUGAACGACUUACUCAUGGUGCUUUCACCGAGGCUGGAUCAUACCCGUGCAGUCAAUUUCUUCAGUAAGGUGAAGCAGCUUCCGCUGGUGAAGCCCUACCUACGCUCGGUUCAGAACCACAAUAACAAAGCAGUGAAUGAGUCCCUGAACAACCUCUUCAUCACAGAAGAAGACUAUCAGGCUCUUAGGACAUCGAUAGACGCCUACGACAACUUCGACAACAUCUCCCUCGCACAGCGCCUGGAGAAACACGAGCUGAUUGAGUUCAGGAGAAUUGCUGCCUAUCUUUUCAAAGGGAACAACCGCUGGAAGCAAAGUGUCGAACUCUGCAAGAAAGACCGACUGUACAAGGAUGCCAUGCAAUAUGCUUCAGAGUCCAAAGACACGGAGCUGGCAGAGGAACUGCUGCAGUGGUUCCUGCAGGAAGGCAAGAGGGAAUGUUUUGGAGCUUGUCUCUUCACUUGCUACGAUCUUCUCCGGCCAGAUGUCGUCUUAGAAACCGCCUGGAGGCACAACAUCAUGGACUUUGCCAUGCCCUACUUCAUUCAGGUCAUGAAGGAAUACUUGAGCAAGGUGGACAAGCUGGAUGCCUCAGAGUCGCUGAGGAAAGAGGAAGAACAGGCGACAGAGACACAGCCCAUUGUUUACGGUCAGCCCCAGCUCAUGUUGACAGCCGGUCCCAGCGUCGCAGUCCCUCCUCAAGCACCUUUUGGUUAUGGCUACACCGCACCUCCGUACGGGCAACCUCAACCCGGGUUUGGGUACAGCAUGUAAGGAAGCAAGUUGGGAGCCAGCAUCCUUUUGUUGAACCUCCACCGUCCCUCUCACGCCGACUCCACAGGAAAAAGCCUCGUGUCCUCGUAACAUUUACUUUAUGAAGGACUGUGUUUUCUGUUUGUUCCUCCCCCCCCCGGCAAGCUCUCUGGAUCCCACUUAAUGCAUCCCUCUUUUUUCACAUUCCACGUCACUUCCCCCCCCCUCCAGUGGGAAUACUUUUAAAUGUUCCAGCAGGCUUUCUCUCUCUCUCUGAUUUUUGCAAGAUUGCUUCUUGACAUUAAACCCCGUUCUCUUGUGACUCUUCCCAUUUGCACUCUGUAACGUUGAAACGCGAUUGGAUCUCUUUAGGUUCAAUGUACGUGAGCAGCUUGUAAAAGUGCACCGUCUCACCCCAAAGGCACAUAAACGGCUCAUAGCGUAUUCUGAAGGGGGUGAGAGGAGGAUUUGGUUGUGGAGUUGAAACACUAAUCGGCAAAGCCCACCCCAGUUGGAUCGCUUGGCUCUUGAAAUAAAAAAAAGCUCACAGAUAUAUACCGAGAACCUGUCCUGAAUUUUAAAAACGACACACCCGGUAGAGGUCUCCUAUGCAGGUUUCCAGUUAGAUGUACAGAAAAUGCCAGUGUUUGCUCACUCCAUAUGUAAUCCCGCUGACCCUUCUGUUGUGCUAGUGUGCUUUCUUGUGGGGACCAUUUUAUAUUCCACUGAGGAACAAGCGGGGGCACCAUGAAUCCAAUCUUGCGUGUUUCUAACUAACCUUGCCCUCAAGUUUGUGUAUCUUGGAUAUUGUGGUGUUCCCAAUCACUUUUUCCCCCCCGAGUGUACAGAAGAGAGAGAGAAUUAAAACGGGAGCGCGGGAAACCCAAUUGCUGUUCAGUUUUGCUUGUGCAAUUUAAAAAUGACUCAAAUUGGAAAAAAAGAUAAUAAAUUACUGGACUGUGGACAUCCUCUAUAGUAGUUUUUCAGUAUGUCUCUCUCUCCAAACUCCUCCAUGAUGUAUGCGCUUGGCCUCAAAACAGCAAAACGAAAAACCACCCCCCCCCAAAAAAAGUUGGGCAGUGUUCUUCAGGUCAAAAGACAGGAACCAGCAACUUAGCAAAAUUCCAAAUUGUUACUGUGGAGAUGUUAUUGGCAGGUGACUUGCACUGAUGGAGAUUACUUGAGAUGAGUGAGAAACGCUUGGAACUAUAAACUGGCCGAGGAAAAUUGAUGGCACUUUUUCAGCCCUUAGCUGCGGCUGAGCCGGUGAAGGCAUCUUCUACCCAAGUGAGAAAAAAAUCUUUAGGGUUGUAGUUUUGAGUGUUUCCAGUUUUAAAUCUGACAAAAGAUCAUGUUAUAGGUAUGUUAAGUUGCCUUAAUAUAUUUAGCUUCGAAAUAAAAUUGACUUAAAUGUU